AUGUCGUUGAUCAGAGCUCUUGCUGGUGCAUCUCGUGUGCCUAGAGCUUCUAUAUUGUCCUGUGUUCCCGUAAGAUUUAAUAGCACAUCUAAAAUCCCCAAACAACCAUUAUUGGCUGAGAUAUAUCCUUUGAACAAGGACUCCAUUACCGAAAAAGAUUUGGACAACUGGAUAGAUGCCGUUAAACAAUUAAAAUCGGGUAAAACAUCUCAUGAAACUCCUGAAGAAAUCUAUUUGGGCCAAUUAAGCCAACCGCAACAGUUUUUAAAACAGACAUAUGAACCUACUGUUGACCAAAUCGAAGAAACCAAAAAAUAUGCCAACAAGAAAAUCCCAUUACGAUCAGAUCCAACUGUUGACAACUUAACCAACCUUAUUAUGAGACAUGGUAAAAAGGCCAGGGCCCAAAAAGUUGUGAGUCGUGCAUUGUAUAUUGUUCAAUUAAAAUUAAGACAAGACCCUAUUGAAGUGUUGAGAGAAACCUUGGAUAAAUUGGGACCAUUGGUGAAUACAAAAACCAUGUCUACUGGGGUUGCUAAAAAGAGAGUUGUUCCAAUUCCAUUAAAUGAGAAACAAAGAAACAGAUUUGCUAUUAAAUGGAUUUUAGAAGCAUCAAACUCUAGAAAGUCAAAUGAUUUUUCUGUCAGAUUGGCCGAAGAAAUAAUAAAUGCAUACCAAGGAAAAUCUAGUGGUUACGACAAGAAGGCGCAAAUGCAUAAACAAGCUACACAACAAAGAGCUUAUAUAAAUCUUUAA